AUGGAAUCUAUAUCGAGCCAGAUAUCAGCCGGAAGAGAUUCCACCUGUUCACCAAACUCGAAGCAGGAGCUGCAGUCCUACACCGGCACUUCACUCAAACCCAAUCAAGUCAGCGAGACCUCUCUGUACGGAAUACCCAUCGUUUCUUUGGUCAUCGAUGGCCAAGAACGACUGUGUCUGGCCCAGAUCUCCAACACCCUAUUGAAGAACUAUAGCUAUAACGAAAUCCACAACCGACGUGUGGCUUUGGGCAUCACCUGUGUGCAGUGCACGCCAGUACAGCUGGAGAUCCUUAGGCGCGCAGGCGCCAUGCCCAUCUCCUCACGGCGCUGCGGAAUGAUCACCAAGCGCGAAGCAGAGCGCCUCUGCAAGUCCUUCCUUGGCGAACACAACCCGCCCAAACUGCCCGAAAAUUUCGCUUUCGACGUGUCACACGAGUGCGCGUGGGGCUGCCGUGGCAGCUUUAUACCGGCCCGGUACAACAGCUCGAGAGCGAAAUGCAUAAAGUGUUCGUUCUGUAACAUGUAUUUUUCACCAAACAAAUUUAUAUUUCAUUCUCAUCGCACGCCCGAGUCCAAAUACAUGCAGCCCGACGCAGCAAACUUCAACUCAUGGAGACGGCACCUAAAGCUGACGGAAAAAAGCUCUUCGGAAGAUGUGACCCACGCUUGGGAGGACGUGAAGGCCAUGUUUAACGGAGGCAGCCGGAAGCGGACACUACCUGGACAUGGGUCUGAAAGUUCGUCCCCACUGAAAUCACAAGGCCCAGUGAAUCAAGUCCAGCGGAGUUCAUCCGAGGUCCCGCUUAAAACCCUUCGCUGUGAAGACGACAGAGCCUCCGUGCCCAUACCGAGUGGCAUCCGCAGUUACCCUGUAAUCCCGGUACCUAGCAAGAGUUUUGGGAUGCUGCAGAAGAUUCCGCCACCCCUCUUUCCUCAUCCUUACGGCUUCCAGGCAUUCGGACUGUGUCAAAAGAAAGACGACGGUGUGGUAGGGGAUCAGAACAAAACUAACUUGCCUGGUGUAUUCUGGCCAGGCACGAAGGAUACUGCUUACCCUUCAUUUCCCAUGUUUUGGCCCACGGCAGGUGGCCUGCCUAUGGCUCCUUAUCACCACGCGCCACCGAAACCGCCUCCCGAGGUCCUUUGCGCACGGCAGCACGAAUUCGAUGCAUCAGAGGCGAGUGAGAGAAGCGCCAGCACGCCCAAAGACAGCCUGAUAGAGAACGAGCGCUGCUCCAGCACGCAGUCCAGCCGCAAUGACGAGGACAAAUCCGGUGAUGAGACCAGACCCACGGAAAGCCUGCCAAGAAAACCGAGCUAUGUGUCGGCCUUCAGGCCUGUAGUUAAGGACACAGAAAGUAUAGCAAAACUCUACGUCAACAGAGGCUCGUAUUCGGGAACCAGGCCCGGUUACCUGUCACCUGAUUUCCUUAGCGAAAGUUCAAGUUACAGGUCUGCAUCUCCGGACGUGGACGACAGCGCAGAGGACCCGGAUGUGGACGUGGAGUCUCACAAAGUACAGGAAGAUGAAGAACGCCUUCAACUUUCAGUGGACGACCAUCACAGCCCUCCAGCCACUUUAUCUGUUCACGUGCACGGCGAGGGAGGGAAAAGCCAAGGGGAGGAAAACAGCCGAAUGUCUGAUCCACACACAACACACACGAGUGAAGCAGAGAAGCAGAACAAGCCGCUGUUGGAGAGCCACAAACCCGCAACGCGCUUUGAAGUGUAUGCACAUGAAAGGAUUGCGCCCCUGUAUCAGAUGAGUGCGCCAUGUUUCGGCUCGACAACCUCUUAUCAGCGAGACUCCAGUGCAGUUAAAGAUGCGCACGAGGAGGAGCCGUCAUCCACAGUAGAGGAAAUAACUGCACCGAAAACAUUGCACGAACAAACUAGCGCUCCCGAAGGAGGCUCGAGAGAACCCGAAGAUAUGGAAGCUAUGCGCAGUGAAGCAGGCAGAGUGUCACGGAUUGAAAUAAACAUCGAAAACAUGGCGAAAGAAGAGCUCCAAAAACAGCUAGUGGAACAAGUGGAGCUGAGAAAGAAGCUGGAACGGGAAUUCCAAAGUUUGAAAGACAACUUUCAAGACCAAAUGAAAAGAGAGCUGUCAUACCGAGAAGAAAUGGUCCAGCAACUGCAGAUAGUUCGAGACACAUUGUGCAGGGAGUUGGACCAUGAAAGAAAGGCUCAUUAUGCUAUUCAACAGAAGUUAAAAGAAGCUCACGACGCACUUCAUCAUUUCUCGUGUAAGAUGCUGACCCCUCGUCAUUGCUCUGGGACCUGUACAUUCAAGCCUCCUCUACUACCACCAUGA